GCUGCUCGCGGCACCUCAGGAAGAAGAUGAGUAACCCGCAGCAGGGAUUGCUAAAUCAUGGCAACAUUUAUGGAACGAUUCGCUUUCCUGCAGAAGGUGCCCACUUUAAUGAAGGCAACAGCAGAUGAUGAAAACCCUUGCCCUGGCUACCUUUUCCAGGAGAUUGGGAAAAUUUCCCAUGAGUCUUCAGGAUGUGGUCAGUGCUUGCUGGAGUAUCUUCUAGAGAGGCUGCAGGUGGAGUCCUGUCAUGUCAAACUCAAAGUGCUGAAGAUCUUUGUCCAUCUCUGUGGCCAUGGGUCGAACCACUUCCUCACAGAACUCAGAAGGAACUCCACCUUCAUUCAGCAGGCAUCAGUUUACAGCGGCCCACCUGAUCCCAUCCAUGGCACAGCAUUGUACCAAAAAGUCAGAAGUACAGCACAGGAAGUUGCCAAGUUGCUUUUCACAGAGACGUUAUCAACCAAAAGUGGCAUCUGUCAACUCACUUUAGCCACUGCAACAAUAGGUAUGGGAUCUGCAACUUCUAAUAGGUCUGGGAUGCAGGGCUUUGGGUACAGUCCAGGGAAACAGGCAUCAAGUAGUGACUCCAUACUGGAUAAGAUCCAGAAAGCUGCAGAGGUAGUAGCCAGUGCUGUCCUUCCUCCUAUUGAGCAUCAAGGAAUCCGACUCCAUGACAACUAUUAUCGGGCUGUUGUGGCUCCCUCAGCACCUAUAGAGGUGGCUGUGCCUGCAUGUGCUUAUAACGUGCCUGCUCGUACAGCAAAAGCAGUGACCCAACGAUGCCCGGGGCAGGUGGGAGGUGGAUGGGAAGAGACAGACAGUGGCAACAGCUCCUCUCACAACUCUUCUCAGGACAUAACUGCAAAUAGUAGGGCCUCUCUGGAGAGUAAGUCUGCAGGUACUGGAAGCCAGUCAGGAGUCAGUAGAGAAAGCAAUGGGGACCUAUCAGAAAGGGUGGAAGCUUUGCAACUGGGGGACUGUGGCCAGGAGGUGGCACUUAUCAACAAACUGACUGAAGGCUCUAGAGUGUUCCUGUCCAGGGAGGAAAGCCUCCACCUCAUCAAAGAAUGUUCCACUCUAAACUGUGAAGUUGUGGUGGAGCUGCUCUCAAGCAAACUUCAAGAUCCCUCCAACACCAUUAAGAUGCGAGCACUGUGUGCUAUUGCAUGCCUCAUGACCUCUGACCUUCUGUCUCUGGAACAAAUGUUUGACGCCACACAGCGAAGGCUUCGCCAGUUGAGUGAGGGUCCUCCUGGACCGGUGGGAAACAAAGCCACCAAGAUCUUGAGGCAAUUUGAGGCACUGAUGGGUGGACUUCUACAAGCUCAGAAACAGGAUACAGCGAAGACUAGCCAUCAACGAACAACACCCAUAUACCCCGACCCUUUAUUACCAGUCCACUCUGCUCACACCAGUGCCAACCUGAACCAUGUUCAGCCCAGCGCCUUAACUGGAGACGACCCCCAAGAACCAAAUCGCCCAGCUUCGCGUUCUGUACUGGCUUUGACUCAGAGAGUCUCUUCAGACAGACUUAAUGACACUGAGGACCCUUCCUUCAUUCAGCAAGAACCGGUCAGGACUCUUCACAUUAAACCCGCAGCUGACAGAAGCUACACACCUCCCUGUGAAGCUGAGAGCAAGCAGGCCCAUCUGAAGAAACCGUCCCUGUUCUGUGGUAUGGAGCUGGUGACCAAGGGAAGACCCCUGUGUGAAAAGGAAUCAUCUGCGACAAAGACGGGCACAAUGGGUGAUGAUUUAAAGGAGAACUCAGAUGUGCAUAACCCUGAUGGUAAUAAGGUCAUUCCAGUUUGUGAAUCGGGAGGUAACCAAACAGUAUCAGCCUUCACAUUUCUCAACUUUUGACCACUGAACAAGUUUUUAUAGCUCAAACUGUUAGUUUUAAACCAGUGAUGUCAUCAUAUGUAUUAUUUUCUAAAUGUAUCUGUUUUUGAGCAAAGAGAGUGAUUCAGAACAGUAGUUCCUGAGGUUUAUAUCAAGCUUCAAGUAUGGUUGUCUAAGAUAACAGGUUAUUACAGAUGUCUGAUUUAUCUCAGGAUUUCUUUUAGGUAACAACUGUUACUGCAGCAGGUCCUGAACCUCUGAGGGACAAUCCCUCCAUUUGUAAUUUGCACUAGUUUCUUUUCCUAUGAACUCCUAAAUCUAGAGCGUGGUCUUCCAUCAUUUUUGCCACUAAGCUAUAAUGUCAGAGUUUUAGUUUACAAAAUAUUUAUUAUGCCUUUCCUGUAUUUAUGAGACUAUACCCAUGAGAGUGGUUGCAGUGUGCACGCCUAUAUUUAAAAAAAAUUGAGGAAAUGAUUAUUAAGAGAGAAUUUGUGUUUGGCAAAACUGCGUUUAAUGCCGUUGAGCACCAAAUUAAAAGCAGAUUACCUUCA